AAAAGAGAGAGGAAAGAAAAAAAAAGUGGGCUGGAACUUGAAGAUCUUCAGACUCCAGUGAGGGACUGGCCUGGAGGUGGGAGGAGGCACAGAGAAGCCAAGAAAGGGGGCAGACGCAGAAGGCUCAAAGAAGUGUCUCAGCUGAGUCUGGGACCAGGGCAGAGAGAGACAGAGAAAGACACACACACAGAGAAGGGAGGCUCACUCAGGGAGGCUCACUCAGAGGACGAGAACCAGACAGACUCUGGAGGAACCAGCUGCUUGGCUGGGGGGUGGGGGGGACCCCACAGACUGGGACAGACUCUGGGGUGCUGGUAGUCCUCCCUGCUGGCACUCUGAGCCUCCAGCCAGGGUGCUUGCUCUCUGGGGACCCUGGGGUAACCCCCUCGCCCCCAUACACCCGUCAUGAACCUCUCAGCUUCACCCACCAGCAUGAAGCCAGGUGAAGACAUGGACACUUACUACGGGAUGGACAACCAGACGGAGUGUGACUACACGGAGUGGACGUCAUCCGGGGACCUCAUCCCUGCCAUCUAUAUGUUGGUCUUCUUCCUGGGGACCUCGGGCAACAGCCUGGUGCUCUGGACCAUCUUUCGGACCAGCCGGGACAAGAGACGCUCGGCUGACAUCUUCAUCGCCAGCCUGGCGGUGGCCGACCUGAUGUUUGUGGUGACCCUGCCCCUCUGGGCCACCUACACCCACCGCCAGUACGACUGGCCAUUCGGGGAUUUUGCCUGCAAGCUGAGCAGCUAUCUCAUCUUCAUCAACAUGUAUGCCAGUGUCUUCUGCCUCACCGGCCUCAGCUUCGACCGCUACCUGGCCAUCGUGCGGCCGGUGGCCAACGCCCGGCUGCGUCUGCGGGUCAGCGGGGCCGUGGCCACCGGCGUCCUGUGGGUCCUGGCCGCGCUGCUGGCUGUGCCUGUGCUGGUGUUCCGCUCGGCCGGGAGCAUGGACAAUGACACCCACAUCCAGUGCUACAUGGAUUACUCCCUGGUGGUGACUUCUGAGUCCGACUGGACGUGGGAGAUGGGCCUGAACCUGUCCUCCACCGUGCUGGGCUUUGUGGCUCCAUUCACCGUCAUGCUCACCUGUUACUUCUUCAUUGCCAGGACCAUCGCCGGCCACUUCCGCAAGGAGCGGGGGGACGGGCUGCGCAAACGGAGACGUCUGCUCAGUAUCAUCGUGGUGCUGGUGGUGACCUUCGCCCUCUGCUGGAUGCCCUACCACCUGGUCAAGACGCUGUAUGUGCUGGGCAGCCUGCUGCACUGGCCCUGCGAGCUCGACCUCUUCCUCAUGAACAUCUUUCCCUACUGCACGUGUGUCAGCUACAUCAACAGCUGCCUCAACCCCUUCCUCUACGCCUUCUUCGACCCCCGCUUCCGCCAGGCCUGUGCCUCUGUGCUCUGCUGUGACCGGGGACGCUGCCGGGGAGUCCCGCAUAGCAGCAGCGGGGAGAAGUCCGGCAGCUACUCAUCUGGGCACAGCCAGGGCCCUGGCGCCAACCUGGGCAAAGGCGGGGAGCAGACGCAGGAGAAGUCAUUGCCCUACAGCCAAGAGACCCUGGUGGUUGACUAGGGCCCCGAGAUGUGCCCAGUGCCUCGUUGGCUCUCGGGUAGCACCUUCGGCCUCUUCUCCCUUGCACUUGGUCCCUUUCCUCAGCUCCCGGCCUCCUGUCACCCCUUCAUCCCUCCUCUCCACACCCCUUCUCCCUGCCUAGUCUGCACCUCUCUCCCCCAGGUCUCUGUUUAAACAGCAAGAGGCUGAGCCCUCCUGAUCUGGGCUUGGCCACUCAGCCUGCGGCCCGUGCAUGCGUGUGUGUGUGUGUGUGUGUGCGUGUGUGCACAUGUGUGCAUAUGUAUGUAUGCGUGUGUGCAUGUGCAUGUGUGUAAACCUGACUUUGCCUAAGCCUCAUCCCCCCUCUAAGCCUCAGUUUCCCCAUCUGUAUACAGAAAAUGGGAAUGUUAACUUGACUCCCCCUGCUGUGAGGAGAUUUCUGGAGAUUGUUGAGAUUCUCUUCUUUCCUUCCUUCCUUCCUUCCUUCCUUCCUUCCUUCCUUCCUUCCUUCCUUCCUUCCUUCUUUCCCUGUCCAUUUUCUCCCCCUCCCUGCCUCUCCCUCUUUUCUUCUGUGCUGAUAUUCUGACCACUUUCGGGCUCCAGCCUCUCCCUGUCCUUUUCUCCUUGGCAAACCCCCUGCUGUCCCCCCCCCCAUGCCCCCCACUCUGGUCUAAAGUCUGCAAACAUGGUUCCAAGUUUUCAUCCAGAGAGAGAGACAGAGAAGGAAGCUGAGGACUAGGCUGUGGCUGGGCUAAGGUUGGGAGUUGGGGAUUCAGCCUCUAUCACUGGAAGUUCCAUAGUGGCCUCCCUUGACAUUUUGGGGAUUGGUGGGGGGAUUGUAGGAUUGUAGGGGGAGGCAGAGUUAUUCCAGUGGGUGGGGAGCGCCUCUCUGCAGCUCCUCCUCGAUGCCAUCUAGCUCUGGAUCCUACACGGGCCUCCUUGUCCCAACCUCCUCAUCUGCAUCCUCUGUUCUCUGCCUGGAUUGAGUGGUGGGUUCCUUGGUCGUGGUGAUGAUGGUGUGUGUGUGUGUGUGUGUGUGUGUGUGUGUGUGUAAGCUGGGGAGGGGAAGGAGAGGAAGAGAGAGCCUGUAUGUAGCCUAGAUGCUGCUUCACUUCCUUUCCCAUACCCUUCAAAUUCCUGCAGAGUUGCAAGCUUUAGGUCUUUCCGUGUGUCUUCCCUCCCCCUUCUCUGCCUCCUCCACCUCCUUUCCGUCCUUGGGCAUGGCUGAUGCUGCUAGUGCCAAGAGUCUCCUUGGCAGGGCUGGUGGGUAGGGGGGAUGCUUGCUUUGAGUUAUGUGCCAAUAUAUGUCAGCUUGGAUGGGCAGCUGGUCUGCGCCCACCUCCCACCCUCAUAUGAAUUAACCUUUUCACACAGUAAAUCCACAGAAGGGGACUGUCCACCCUUACCUCUGACUGGAUCUGGGGAACUCUGCCGGCUGGUCCAUGCCUUAGGAGAGAAGUAUCUGCACGUGUGUUAAACUUCCUGCAGGGAGCUCUCUCCUGGGUGCUGGGGUGCCCCAGGCAUGGAGACCUGACUAUGCUGGAAUCUUAGGGAAGUGGGGGGAUGUGGCUGAGAGCUCCCUUCAAGGCCUUUUGGAUGCCUGCGCUCCUUGCUUUGAUCUUACCAGCUGCUUUCUUGUCCCAGGGUUGGGGGCCCUCUUCCUGGGGGUGGGGUCCUCUUCCUGGGGGUGGGGGCUGGGGUGGGGAGCACCUAUUUGCUUUGGGGAAGGAGAAAGCACAAGGUGAGUUUCUUCUCUUACCUUCAGGGUGGCACCUUGGCCCCUCUUGCUGGGUGGGGGAGGCUGAGAACAGUUAUUCGGGUCAGAUGCCAGGCCUGAGGGCACGACCCCCUUACUGCUGCCUCCCCCGAGUUCACCCCCUCCCCUGGGAGAAGAGAGUGGAUGGUGGGACCCAUGCCUGCUGGGGACAGGUGGUGCAUUCUGGACUUUGUUCUGCGAAGACUCUGGACUUGAAGACCAGGAGCCAUGGAGGCAGGAAGAGCUCAGAUCCAAUGAAAAGGGACAUCGGCCCAGGGUCAUUCCCCGGGAAUGGAGCCAGGUCUGCAGCAUGGGGAGUUGGUGACAGCAGGGACUCCUCUGGGCUUCACCUCAGGCCUGAGCUUCCUCCCACAGAUUCACGUUCUCAGCCCGGGAGGGUUGUUCUCAAAGCAGCCCAAGCUAGGGGAAACUUUCAGAAGGGCAGAGGGUGCUGUCUGAGACCCUCCUGGCUGACCGUCCAUCAGAGGCCUCCAAGAACGGAUCCAUGGUUUUGGAAGGAACAGGAUAGGAGGCUGCCCACGGGGGCAGGGGGGGCACCCUCUCACCCCGCCUGUCCACCAGCCCCAUUUUCAGGACAUCUGCGCUAGCAUCCUCUGACCCUGUUAGUCUGAGGCUUGUCAAAUAAACAUGGUUUGCAUAA